AACAUGUGAGUGUUUAUUACAGCUGAUAGCAGAGCAAAGAUUUCCCCAACCUCAGUGACACUCUAGGGUUAACAACAGACCAGACAACUCAGUCAUCCUCCACAGUAUGAACCUCCUCUUUCCUUCCCUGCAGCAGCACUUCCUAAACAUAGCUGCACACUGCUGAGUGACUCAGCGGAGCAGAUCGCACUCCACACGGCGAACAUGGCAGAUAUUUACCAGUAUCCUGUUUUCUUUGACUGUCCCGUUCCGCUGGAGGAGCGGCAGAGGCAGAGAGUACAGAACUAUCUCAGUCUGCAAAACAAGUCUGGCGGGGGUGACUGUGGGCGACUGACCAGAGUCAACGACACAGUCUACAGUGUUGCGUACAGGAGGCAAAAGCAUCAACAACGCGUCCUGCAGAAAUGUGAGCAUGUUGUAGAGCUCUCAGAUGGGCCUCUAGUUUUCACUGUGCGAGCCAGCCUUGAACCUGACACCUCUGCUCCCAUCACCACUUCCACCAUGAACCCUCAUUUAACACUUCCUGCUAAGUCUACUCCUGCCUCAAUACCUCCAUCAAGUGGUGAAGAGUAUGAACUACAGUGUGAUAAUUACCUACAGAAUUAUCUUAAGGAAUGUGACAAGGCUGGGAAAGAGCUAGAGACAGAACUUGCCUCAAUGGCCUGCACUGCUCAGUUUUACCCAGAGAAGGGCAGGGUUUUAGUCAGGAGAUUAGCUCAUCCUGCUGCUGCAGAUGAAGGCACAAACUGGAAAGCUGAGGUGGACCGGCUCUUUGAUGGCUACCUGUGCCACUUUGAGGUGGAUUCCCACAAAAUCAAGGCUUUGCUUAAGUAUUGCAGCUCUCACCUCUCCUCAGAUCAGGUGAAAGUGUACGAUGAAAUUGGUAUGGCUGUUGUGGUUGGAAAACAUGCCCAGGUUACUGCUGUAUUAAUGGAUGUAGAGGACUAUGCUCUUAAAUUUCAAGGGUCCUUUUUAAAUGAGAAGCACACUACCACUCGGCGACUUGGUGAGGCCAAACUCCGCCUUCUGUGGAGAGAAUUGGAGAACGGUUUGAGAGAAAAAUUUCCAGGUGUUAAGGUCACACAGAGAGAUGCAGCUCAGGUAGUUUUGGAAGGUCCUGUGAGGGAAAUUCUCAAGGCUGGUGAUUGGAUAUCUGAAAAAGCGAGUCUGGUGUCAGAAAGGACAGUUUCUAAGUUGAGCCCACAUCUUUUGGCCUUUCUUAGGAAAGCUUAUGGAGGCCAAGGGAUGCUAGGCGACUUCUUACAGCUUGGUGAUGAUGUGGAAAUAGAGUUGCAAGACAGGGAGCUUUGUUUCUUCUCCGUCUUUGUAGAUAAACUAGAUGUUGCAGAGGCAGCACUGCAGGCUGAAUUCAAGGAAGUAGAUAUUGAUGUUCCUAACUGCUAUAAUUUGUCAGUGGAACUUCGGAGGAUACUUAAGUCCAAGACAAAUGAGAUGAACCAGUGGCAAUGUAGGGCCAAUGUCCUGUUUAAUUCUAACAGCACUAUAUGCUUACUGGGCCACACCAAAGAGGUUGAAGACCUGAAUCAAACUGUCACAGAGUUUAUUUUGCUAAAAUCAAUCCCUUUCUCAGAGUUGGCACAAGAGCUACCAGAACUGCUGUUGCAGCAGGGCUCAGAUUUCUCAGAGGUUACCUUCCACCCUUUCACACUUUCCUCUGAGCCCAGGUUGGUGCUGGAAGGGCCUUCCAGCAAAGUGACUGAACUCAGAAACCUGCUGGAUGAAUUUCUUGUCCCAUCAGAAAUGCACCCAGUUCAGGGGCAAAACAAUUCCAAACAGGUGGCAUCUUCUUUGAAUGAAGGAAUAGUUGCCAGCUACACCCUUUGUGAUGGGCUCCAGGUAGUGGUGUGUCAUGGUGACAUCACCAAACAGGAUGCUGAAGCCCUGGUUAAUGCUGCCAAUGAAGAUCUGGAUCACUGCCGAGGUCUUGCUGCUGCUCUGAGUGAAGCAGGCGGACCUGAAGUACAGAGGGAGAGUAAUGACAUAGUAAAGCGGAAUGGGAAAAUUCCCAUAGGUGAAGUGGUAGCGACCACAGGGGGGGACCUGCGCUGUCGGAGACUGCUGCAUGCUGUUGGUCCUGUAGCUGGAGACACAGCUGGCAGAGGAAGGCUUUUGCUGGAAAAAACUAUACACUCCGCUCUGAAUAAGGCUGAAGGAAUGGCGAUGUACUCUAUUGCCAUACCCUGUAUCAGCUCGGGGGUGUUUGGUGCUCCUAUCUGCUCUGAGGCUAUUGCGACUGCUGUGAAAGAGUUUGGUAAUCAGGAAGAGUGUGAGAGUCUGAGAAAAAUCAUCUUGAUUGAUAACAGAGAAGAGGUGGUGAGGGCCAUGCAAGAAGCAUGUGACAGGCUUUUGCAAAGGAAUAGUUCCAGAUUUGGUCCACCUAGUGAGUCGGAGUUUCAUAUGGAUGUUGACUCCCAAUACACAGACAGAGGAGCCACUGCUGGACCUCCUGCAGACAGUGUCCGUUUCGAGGUUGUUCAGGAAGUCAUUGAAAAACAGAGGGUGGAUGUUGUGGUAUGUCCCAUGGUUGAAAACAAUCCUUUCUCCACCAAUAUUGGAAGGACUUUGGCUGAAAUUGUCGGAUCCCAGUUGAACGCUGAGUUCAAAAGGGAAGCAGGACUUGAUUCGUUCCCUGGUGAUGCAGUUCUGGUUCACCAGGGCUUUAGAGGACAUCCAUUCAAUGCAGUGUCCUUCCUCAACCUAUGUUCCUAUGAUGGCGAUGAAGACGGAGGUGCAGUCCAGGUUUUGAGAAUGGGCAUCAAACAAGUCCUAUCUUCCUGUGAGAAUCACAGGUUUGGAUCCGUUGCUUUCCCUGUAGUCGGAGCUGGGAUGCUCUUGGAGUUUCCCAGAAACUUGGUGGCCAGGGUUCUACUGGAGGAAAUUCGGGAAUUUAAACAGAACCAACUGAACAGAACACCUGAAUUCCUGAUUCGAAUUGCCAUCCACCCCAAUGACACAGAGGCUACCGAGGUCUUCAAAGAAUUUCUAAAAGAUACUGAUCAGCCUGACCAAGUGUCGACUCCAACGAGGAUUUUCUUGCUUGGAAAGACUGGAUCCGGGAAAAGCACUCUAGCUAACAGCAUAUUUGGGGAGGAGAAUUUGUUCCCCACAAGCUCUUCAUUCACUUCGAAAACAAGUAAAUGUAAGGUUGAAACAAGAACUGUCAAUGGAAGAGACAUCACUUUGAUCGACACCCCUGGUUACUUUGAUACAGACAGACAGGAGGAGGAGAUUAGAUCUCAGAUGAUGAGGGGUAUCACAGAAUGCGCGCCAGGGCCUCACGUUUUUCUCAUUGUGCUUAAAAGUGAGAGAUUCACUCAGCAGGAGCAGGAAGUCAUCGCCGAAAUCCAAAAAACCUUCUCUGAAGAUGCUCUGAAGUUUGCUGUUGUCGUCUUCACUCAUGGUGACCAACUCGCUGAAGGGAGUAAGAUUCAGGACUUGAUCCGUGAGAAUAGGAAUCUGGAUUUUCUGGUGCAGAAGUGUGGUGGCCGGUACAUUGUCUUCAAUAAUAACCCCCAAAAGAACAAACCGCAGGGCAACUACAGCAGCAAGCAGGUGGAAGACCUUCUGAGCACAAUUUACAAGAUGAUGAUAGAAAAUAAUGGAGGCUACUACACCAACAAGAUGCUGCAAGAAGUGAGGGACGACAUACGGAAUGAGGUAACAAAAAUGGCCCAGAACAGCACCACUCCAUCCGUCAACGACACCAUCGUGGAUGACAGAGUCGGAACCACCACAGGCGCCCUCAUCCUGAGCCUCGUCUUCCUCGUGGGACUCCCCGGAAACGUCUUUGUCAUCUGGAGCAUCCUCGCCCGCGCUCGAAAGCAGUCUAUCACCACUCUCCUCAUCCUCAACCUCGCCAUCGCCGAUGGCUCCCUUAUGGCUCUCACGCCAUUCUUCAUUGUCUACCUGGCUCUGAAGAAAUGGGUGUUCCAGAGAACAAUGUGCAAGAUCCUUUUCUAUCUGUGCCUGGCCAACAUGUAUGCCUCCAUUCAUCUCAUCAUGCUGAUGAGCCUCUACAGGUUUGUGGCCAUCCUGUGGCCACAGCGCAUCAGUGUCAUCACUGGACGGAGGACUGUGCUGCGGGUGCUGGCGGGGGUGUGGGUGGUAGUGAUCGUCGCCUCCAUUCCGGCAGUUAUCUACAGAGAAACGAAGACUAUGGGGAAAACUGUGGUGUGCGACUCAUUCCACCUGAAAGCCAAGGAUACGAUCCUGCAGUACUCGCUGGAGCUCGUGUUGGGCUGUUUCAUCCCCUACAGCGUCAUUUUAGUCAGCUACCUGUGCAUCUUACGUCGGAUACGACAGACCAAGUUCCGCCGUCGAAUUCGGAGCGAGAAGCUCAUCCUGGCCAUUGUGCUGACUUUCUGCCUCCUCUGGUUGCCCUACCAUCUCAUCAACAUGGUGCAAGUUUCAUGGGCCUUGUGUCCUGAAGGUGCAGUGAAAAACACGCUGAGUAAAAUAUGGCACAGCAGCCGCGCUGUCACCGCCUCCAUCGCCUUCAUCAGCAGCAGUGUGAACCCAGUGCUUUACUUCUUCGCUGGAAAGUCGUACAUUCGCAGAGAGGGGCUGGCGUUUAUGGCGCGCUUGUUUGAGGGCGCGGGGAUAGACCCAGGCACCAGGAAGAGCCGGAGCAGCCAGAACAGUCGCGACAAAGACAAGGACAAAGAAGCAGAUUCUGUCAUGCUAAAGGAGAAAAACUCUCUCACCAACUCCGGCUCUAAUGUCAAACCGGUGAACAACGGCAAGUAGGGGACUGGUUUGGUGUUCCUCUGGACGGAAAAUGUAAAUUACUCCUCCUCUGGGUCACAAGCAAAUUUCAACUUUCAAUUUCAAGAAGAGUGGUUCUUUGACAUGUUCUGUUGCUGCAGCAGAACAUGAAUUCAGACAGACUUUUGAAAACGGGGAGAAACGUGACCUGGCACGCUGCUCCUGGGACAGCUAGCUGCCCGAGGCACCACUAAAUCACACUGUUUUGUUUGUGGUGAACAUGCAUAAAGAGAAAAGAGCCUCGAACAGCUCAUAAAGACAAACUAUGGACAUUUUAUCACUCAACUUCAUAAGAAGUACAUUUACUAGGACAUCCAUCCAAAGAGAGUGGGAACUCUGUUUUUACUGUGUGUGUAAUAUUCUUUGUGUAAUGUUAUAAAAAACGCAUAACAUAAGCGAAAUGUUUAAAUUGAACUGCAACGGCAACAUGCUGUUAUAUCUCGGUGAUGACUUGAAUGAGUGAGUGAAGUUGAGAGUUCAAUGUUGACAAAGGCACUUGAUUUUGAAUGUACAAUAAUAGACAAAGCACAUUUCAUGCGUGUAGGCACGUGUCUUUCAUGGAUUUUCCUCUUUUAAAGCAGUUUUUCUUUUUGUAAAAUUGGCACAGGAUGUGAACAUGUCAUCGGCAUAUUAUCAGAGAUAGUUCGUCAUCGAUUGCUCUUGUGUUUUUAGGCAAAAGACAUACAUUUUGGUCUAUUGUUACUGCUCAGUGCUGUCGCUGGGCUUUGUUUUUGUGUUAAGUACUGAGCAGGUUUCAGGUUUUUGUUUGAACACGAAACGCUCGAAAUAUUCUAUGGAAAGGGAGUGUGCGAGGCGAAUAGAAAUACAAACAUGAAAAAAUGCAACUUUUAGAACACGCUGACAUGGGGGAGGGGCAUUAAGAGAUGUUCAGUGGUUAUCUAUACCAAGGUACCAAGACUUGUUACUGGUGGUACUUUGAGUGUACAAGAAGGAGGUCAGAAGUUCUGUCAUAGUAGCCCGGCUCGCAUGAAAGCACUUGAACCAGUAUGUGGAAAAAUCUGGGCCAGGAAAUUGUCCAUAAGUGUUAAUGGGAAGAAAAGACUUGGAUGAUGAUUAAUCAUGCAGAAUAUUGUCAUUUGGUCACUUUACAAAAAAAAACAUCUUAUCAUUGAACCAGCAGGGACCUGGACACCUGCUCACACUGAUAAAAUGACUGCUCGCAGGGGGACAUAACGAUGUUGUAAUCACUUGACCAAAGGCUCACUAAAUAAAAUCUACACCUUUGUAAGUCUU